CAAGAACUCCCACCUGGCAGCAGAGAGUGACGCGCGGCCGCUGAUUUCUCGGAAAGGGGCGCGGUGGCAAGAAACCCCUGGGCAUGCUCCCCUCCCAUUGGCCAGCUUGCCUCCCGCUCUAGCUUGCCAUUGGCUGAAAGACCUGCUCGCGGACGCCCUCCACUCGGCCGGGGAUAUAAAGAUGCGGGGCGGUGGAUACUAAAAGCGCGAGCUUCGGGCGGACCUGGCGGAAGGGCGCCUAACCUGGGGAGCGCUUCUCACCUCGCUGCAGCCGGCCCGGUCCAGAUGUGGAGCAGGGUGUGUGACCGAAACGGCGGAAGACGGCUCAGACAAUGGCUGAUUGAACAAAUCGAUAGUGCGAUGUAUCCUGGACUGAUCUGGGAGAAUGAAGAGAAAACCAUGUUCCGUAUCCCAUGGAAACAUGCGGGAAAACAGGAUUAUAAUCAAGAGGUGGAUGCAUCUAUUUUCAAGGCAUGGGCAAUAUUCAAAGGAAAAUACAAGGAAGGUGACAAAGCAGAGCCGGCGACAUGGAAAACCAGACUGCGUUGUGCCUUAAAUAAGAGCCCUGACUUUGAAGAAGUGACGGAGAGGUCACAGCUGGACAUCUCGGAGCCCUAUAAGGUUUACCGCAUUGUUCCCGAGGAAGAACAGAAAUGCAAAAUGGGGAUGGGGACCAGAUGCAGCUUGAAUGAGGUCACAGACAUGGACUGCAGUGCUUCCUCAAUAGAAGAGUUAAUGAAAGAGCCUCCCUCAGCUGUAGAGGAGUACCUUGGCACAAUCAAAAGAAGUCCUUCACCACCACAGGAGAGCAGCCGAAAUCCACCCAUACCAGACUGGUGGAUGCAUCAGUCAAGUCCUGCCUUGUCCCUGAUGACUGGGUUUGCUGCAUAUGAGCCGCUUCUAGGCUACUCCCAAAUGAUGAUCAACUUCUACUAUGGAGGGAAGCUGGUGGGGAGCACAACCACCUCUCGCCCUGAGGGCUGCAGGAUCUCCCUGGGAGAGGGGCCCUAUUGCAUAGAUAGCCUGGAACACGUGCAGUUCCCAUCUGCAGAGCUGAUUCUCAAUGAGCGCCAGAGGCAGAUCACCAGAAAGCUCUUUGGGCACCUGGAACGAGGUGUCCUUCUGCACUGCAACAAACAGGGCAUCUUCAUCAAGCGGCUGAGCCAAGGAAGGGUCUUCUGGAGUGGGAACACCGUGGCCUGCAAGGAGAAACCCAACAAGCUGGACCGGGAUGAGGUGGUCAAAAUAUUUGACACCAACUAUUUCCUCAGAGAGCUCCAUCAGUAUUAUAACAAUCAAGACCGCUUCCCAAACAGCAAGGUGAUUCUGUGUUUUGGAGAGGAAUUUCCAGAUGCUGUCCCCUUACGUUGCAAGCUGAUCCUGGUUGAGAUUGAACAGCUGAGCAUCCGACAGCUGGUGGAGGAGGCCCGGAAGAAUGAAAGGAGUGCUUUGGGCCACCCGGUAGGAGAGGAGGUGCAUUAUGAUCAGAUGUACAGGAACUUCCAGGAUUCUUGUGGACCUCACCAAAGACCCAUUUUCAGAGAAAACCAGCAAAUUACCGUUUGAGACUCUGGGGCAGAAUAUUUCAUUAAUUUUUCAAGCUUUUUUUUUUUUUCCUUCCCCCCAGUCUUGCAGCUUAGAUCUUCCACACUGAAGUUUUCCUUUUUGGAUUUUUAAAACAUGUUUUGUAUGUAAAUGUAUACAGGGUCUAAAUAUAUAAGGGCUAUUUUUUCUCCCUUCCCUUUCAGAAUUUAGCAUAAAAAGCAUCAAUGGCAAAUUGCUUUGACCUUUUCAACUACUGCAAGUCCCACAGAAAGUCGGUUUGAGAGCACUGAUGCAUGCUGGGUUUUUUUUAAAGUGAGGGUGUAGCAAUCGCACCCAAGCACUCUUUUACUUUCCCACAAAGGGUCUGGUUUAGCAUUGUUCUUGGGGAAUGAAAAGAGUUGCUAGGCCUCGCAGUCUGUAUUGUUGGGAAGACUUAGGGGCAAGAAUCAACAGCAUUUCUGUGUGGUUCCACACCCAAAGAUUCUAGUGGUAGGUUCUGAUGAUGGUUAUACAUUAGUCGUAGAAGAGGUGGGAAAAUUCUGGAAGAUGGUUGGUCACAUUCCUGGGGUGGGGAUGGACAGCCCCAAACUCCAGACAGGAUAUAUCCUCAUUUUGGUAGGGAGUUUUGCAACUGGAGGUGGGGAGGGAGGAGGAAGAAAGGAACUCCACUGUGGAGUUGCCCCAAAUACAGUGUCUUCUCGUGAUUGGUAGAGGUCUUCCACAUUAUCAGCUGCGCAUGUUCAAUGUGCUAGAAUAUAAGCAUGUUGAGCAAGCAGCAAAGAAUCAGAAGUGCUUCAGUUCCAAAGGUUUUUUAUGAGUCCUUCCAGAUGUGCAUCUUGAAAGAGCAGGUACAUACAUUCAUAUGAAUUCAUAUUCUUUCUGAUGGACAGGUGAAGGCUGACACUUGGCAGCUAAAGACAUAAACUGACUCCAUUAAAUAGUCCUAUAUGCCAGUGCUGGAUCUCCAGUAACCCAUCUCCACAUGCAAUUUAUCCUUGGUGUUAUACUCAACUGUGAAUGUGCCCUACUGCUUAACCCUUUAUUCUUUUGGGACACAGAGAGGAAAGAAUAUAUGUAAAACCAGACCCAAGGACAAAAUUAAUCCUGGGUAGAUGAAUAUCCUGUGAAAAAUGUGCUGGUUAGACAUCUCUGUAUCCCUUUAAGAAACCACAUGAUAUCUAUAUUUUAUAUUAUUGUAAAUUUUAUUUUAUUUUUUAUUGCUGAAAUUUCUUUUGGGGGGGGGUAGAUUAAAUUCUUUAGGUAUUGGAUUAGAAUAGAGCAGAUAUAAAAUUACCUUAUUCUGAGGAGGUGCUUGGGCCACCUAGUUCGAUUUUAUCUCCUUGGCUGACAGCAACUCCUCCUGGAGAAGCUGGGAAUUUUGAACUUAGAGACUUGUUCGUGCCAAUCCAUGUGCUUGGUCAUCAAGCUAUGGUUUCCACCUAACUGGUUUUCUUUUUCAGAUUAGGGAUGUGUAUUUUUUUUUCUUUUUAAGCUUUAUUAAGCUGGAGACUUUUCUCAGGAAGCAGAGAUCAAGGCAGAUUCUGGGGCACUACCUUUGAAGAAGAGAAUGAGAAAAAGCAUGUCAGCUCCUUCUCAUUCUGAUGAAGCCCAAGAACUUCAAUACUAACCCACAUCAAUAGGAAAAGCAUAGAUAGUCUUAGUUGGGGGAAUGCAAAAUCCACAAUAAAUGAGAUGAUGAGGAUUGAACUACCUUGAAACAAAGAGUUCUAGUUCAUAAAAUGGUCUGCUGGGGUUCCAAAGGGGCCUAGAAGAUCUGAUUUCAGCUGGUAGGGCAGUUCUAUACAUGCAGAUUCAAGAGAGGCUUCUGCCAUUAGAGCGACUUGCAGCUGAUCUUGAAAAUAUUGUGGCAGGACAUCAGGAAUAGCAGCACAAAUAUUGGCCUUUGCUGGGACACGGGGUUGACUUAAAAUCCUGCAAAACUACAACGGCGAAAGAAUCUCUCAAACCAUGCCUGUUAGAGCCAUAUGCCUAAAGAUUUGUGCAGGGUGGGAGCGUGUACAGGUGAUCCCUCUCGCAGAUCUAGCCUGCUUGGGAUUGUUAAGCACCGGUACUACCUGAAAUACUGAUUCAUUCAUUGUUUAAAAAGGGCAUUAUGUUGAUUUGCUAAGUUGAAAAAAGGAUGCUCCUGUGCUGUUGAACACAGGCAGGACCUACAUGAUGCUCUUGUAUGCCACAAAUUCCCCACUGAAAGCCGAAGCACUUAGAGAAAUGCGUGCUUGAAAGAAUGAUUAUGUGCCCCUGAGCAUCACUCGGAGCAAUCAGGUUGAUUGCUACAUCUCUUGGAGUAUUUAUUUUGACUGCUUGUUUAAAAUGUUUUGUGAUUGUUUUACCAAAAUGUGCCUUCAAAUAAAUAACAGCGUUUUGUAAUCAAUUGUCUUCUGCCUU